AAAGGGAGUAGGGCGGUGAGUGAACAGACCAAGUAUAGAGCCCUGCGCGCGCGCACACACACACACGCGCGCUCUCUCUCUCUCCUUGUAGCAGAGGGGUGGGGGAAGGCGACGGGGAGGAAUGAGGAAGGAGUGGUGCGCGCUGCGGGUCCGCUGAUGCAGCUCCGGUCACCCGAUCCUACAGGUCGAGUCCGCUGCGUGGGAAUCCGGACUCCUCCGCCUCUCCUUCGUGCGUCUCGCCGCGUGGACGCGCUGCCCGGCUGCUGUAUAAGAGCAAGCUGCGUGUGCGUUACAGCGCUUACUACGGCGCACCUCCGCUCCUCCUCCUCCUCCUCCUCCUCCUCCUCCUCGUCCUGCUAGUAGAGCCGGAGACCGGCUUCCAAUCACCGGGAACACUCGGCAUUAAAAGGUCCAGCGUCCUUGCUGAUCAUCUCCUCUUGGUACCGGUCCGGACGCCGUCAUGGGUCUCACAGACCGCCCCUCCCUCAUGUCGCCCGCCAGGAGGUUGGCCGUCGUCGCGGCGAUCCUCCUCCUGCAGCUCCAUCCCUCUUCAGCUGGCGCCCCCGCCGAGCAGAACUUGGGCGGCUCCGUCUCCGCGGUGUCCAAUAACAAAACCGAAUGCAGCAAGCCCGAGCAGUGCGCCAAGGGGGUGGUCCUUCCCAUCUGGGAGCCGCAGAACCCGUCGUUCGGGGACAAAGUGGCCCGGGCCACGGUGUACUUCGUGGCCCUGGCCUACAUGUUUCUGGGCGUGUCCAUCAUCGCGGACCGCUUCAUGGCCUCCAUCGAGGUCAUCACGUCGCAGGAGAAGGAGAUCACCAUCAAGAAGCCCAACGGGGAGACCAGCACCACCACCGUGCGCAUCUGGAACGAGACCGUCUCCAACCUCACCCUCAUGGCCCUGGGCUCCUCGGCCCCCGAGAUCCUGCUGUCGGUCAUAGAGGUCAUAGGUCACGGGUUUGAAGCCGGCACGCUGGGCCCGUCCACCAUCGUGGGCUCCGCCGCCUUCAACAUGUUCAUCAUCAUCGGGCUGUGCGUGUACGUGGUGCCGGACGGCGAGGUGAGGAAGGUCAAGCACUUGCGCGUCUUCUUCGUCACGGCCAGCUGGAGCAUCUUCGCCUACAUCUGGCUCUACCUGAUCCUGUCCGUCAUCUCGCCCGGCGUGGUGCAGGUGUGGGAGGGGCUGCUCACCUUGUUCUUCUUCCCCAUCUGCGUUCUGUUUGCCUGGGUGGCCGACCGCCGCCUGCUGUUCUACAAGUACGUGUACAAGCGCUACCGCACGGGCAAGCAGCGCGGCAUGAUCAUCGAGACCGAGGGGGACCGCCCGCUUCCCUCCAAGGUGGACAUCGAGAUGGACGGGAAGAUGCUCAACUCUCACGGAGUCGACUUCCUGGACGGCUCGCUGGGUUUGGACAUCGACGAGAAGGACCUGGAAGAGGAUGAGACCCGGAGAGACAUGGCCAAGAUCCUGAAGGAGCUGAAGCAGAAGCACCCGGACAAGGAGGUGGAACAACUCAUCGAGCUCGCCAACUACCAAGUCCUGAGCCAGCAGCAGAAGAGCCGCGCCUUCUACCGCUGCCAGGCCACCCGGCUGAUGACGGGCGCCGGCAACAUCCUCAAGAAACACGCCGCCGAUCAGGCGCGAAAGGCCGUCAGCAUGCAGGAGGUGCGCUCCGACGUGGCCGACAACGACCCCGUCUCCAGGAUCUUCUUCGAGCCCUGCUCCUACCAGUGCCUGGAGAACUGCGGCACGGUGGCGGUGAACGUGGUGCGGCGCGGCGGCGACUUGGGCAAGACCAUUUCCGUGGACUACCGGACAGAAGACGGCACGGCCAACGCCGGCUCGGACUACGAGUUCACGGAGGGCGUGGUGGUCUUCAAGGCCGGCGAGAGCGCCAAGGAGAUCCGCGUGGGGAUCAUCGACGACGACAUCUUCGAAGAGGACGAAAACUUCCUGAUCCACCUCUCCAACGUGAAGGUGCUGACCUCCGAAGGGGAGGAGCCUGAGGACGGCGAGUCGGCCAACCACGUGGACUCCGUAGCGUGCCUCGGCCUGCCCGCCACGGCCACAGUCACCAUCUUCGACGACGACCACGCCGGCAUCUUCACCUUUGAGGAGCCCGUGUUCCAUGUGAGCGAAAGCGUGGGCACCAUGGAGGUGAAGGUGCUGAGGACGUCGGGGGCUCGCGGCGUGGUCAUGCUGCCCUAUAAGACGGUGGAGGGGACGGCGCGGGGCAGUGGCGAGGACUUCGAGGAUAUCCACGGCGUCCUGGAGUUCCAGAACGACGAGAUCUUGAAGAGCAUAACCAUUAGGAUCUUAGACCGGGAGGAGUACAAUAAGCAGUCCUCCUUCUACGUCCUGCUUGAAAGCCCCCUGUGGAGACGCAGCAGGAAGGAACGGAAAGAGGAGCAGAUGAAGGAGGAGGAGCCGGAGGAGGAGGCGCUGAAUGGAAAAGAUGAGGAGGAGCAACGCAUUGCUGAGAUGGGACGUCCCAUGCUGGGGGACCACGUCAAGCUGGAGGUCAUCAUCGAGGAGUCGUAUGAGUUCAAGAACACCGUGGACAAGCUCAUAAAGAAGACCAACCUGGCGCUGCUGGUGGGAACCAACAGCUGGAGGGACCAGUUCAUCGAAGCCAUCACCGUGAGCGCAGGUGAGGAUGACGAUGACGACGAGUGCGGCGAGGAGAAGCUGCCGUCGUGUUUCGACUACGUCAUGCACUUCCUCACCGUCUUCUGGAAGGUUCUGUUCGCCUUCGUCCCGCCCACCGACUACUGGAACGGGUGGGCCUGCUUCGUGGUCUCCAUCUGCAUGAUCGGGCUGCUCACCGCCGUCAUCGGCGACCUGGCGUCUCACUUCGGCUGCACCGUCGGCCUGAAGGACUCCGUCACAGCGGUGGUGUUCGUUGCCUUGGGAACGUCUGUACCAGACACGUUUGCCAGUAAAGUGGCUGCGACUCAGGACCAGUACGCAGACGCCUCCAUCGGUAACGUGACGGGCUCCAACGCCGUCAACGUGUUCCUGGGCAUCGGGGUGGCCUGGUCCAUCGCCGCCAUCUACCACAGCAGCAAGGGGGAGGAGUUCAGGGUGGAUCCUGGCAAGCUGGCCUUCUCCGUCACCCUCUUCACCAUCUUCGCCUUCAUCGCCGUCGGCACGCUGAUGUACCGGCGGCGGCCGGAGAUCGGGGGGGAGCUGGGGGGGCCGCGGACGGCGAAGGUCGUGACCACCAUGCUGUUCGUCAGCCUGUGGCUGCUCUACAUCCUGUUCUCCUCGCUGGAGGCCUACUGCCACAUCACGGGCUUCUAGGAGGGGGCAGGAGGAGAAACGCGGGAGGAGUGAAACCAUCGAUCUGUCACUGCCUCCCUUUACGCAAUAGAUUGAUUGAUUGACAGGUGAAUGGAUGUAGAGAUGAAGAGACGGACGACGCAUUGGAGCAGACGGAGUCAUGAGAGAGAUGAGAGAAGAAGAAGAGAUGAAAUAAACUAAGAAAUACUUUUUGUUGUGUUGAUCUAUAAAUCCAAACCAAUCAGGUUGUUCUUAACCCCUCGACCCCCCCCCCCCCCCCCCCCCACUGCAUUAAAUACAUGAAACUGAUCCCCAAACGCAACGUGUCUCCGCUGCUUCAACCGCAAAGAAAUGAAGACGACGAGCGCCACCCAAACUCCCGCCUCCAACCACAGCAAGAGACCCUGGAGGACACGUCAACGCGUCCCUGCAUGACGGGACGGAGCCUGAUGCACCGCCGCCACUGUUGAACCACUACAAGCUGUGUGCGUCCGUGUGCGUCCGUGUGCGUUUGUGAGCUCGUGUGUUGACGGGACGACGGUCGAGUACUGUGAAGAAAAACCAACAAAUACCAACAAAAAAACGAAGCAGACCACGCCUUCUUUAUCGGAGGUCUUUUUAUCGGAGGACCCUCCCCCCCCCCUCCCCCCUCCCUGCCUGUAGAAACGCUGAGUGAGACUAUUUUCAGGGGGGGGGGACACCACCGAGGUCAGGAGCCUGGCACCCUGCAGGUGACCCUGUGAAUGUCUCUGCACACUCGAUGUGGAGGACUCUGAAGGUCUUGAAGGAUCACGGAGGGUUGGUGUGCUUUUACCUUUAAUGAGGCCCCGUCAUGGCCGCUCUACCGUUUAAAACUGUUCCUAUCGCAUCAAUACCUGGGUUCUGUGUCUUUGCCCCACCACGUGUCAGUUGUAACUAUUGCAAUAGACUUUUUAAACGUAGGCUCCGCCCUCUGUGAAAGCUCAUUGGCCGCCUCGGUCACGGUCCUGUCCUCCCUCCGAGCCCGUUGGUUGACUCCAACACUUUGUCCCUUUGUCCCCGUGUGUCUUCAGCGUUGUGUUCGUUAAAGUGACCGGAAAGCUGCGAGUGUCGCGUUCCCUUUACGAUAGCGGCAAUAACGGGGGGGUGGGGGGGGGGGGUGUCUAUCGGUGUGAAGCAUGGCGGCUCACCUCGUCUCUUCUGGAAGACACGAAGCUUCCAGCCGGGAAACGGAUGUGCUUUAAAAACUCUUUUUUUUAAGCUCCGAUCGCUGAUGAAAAUGUUAUCAAGUAAAACAGCGAAGACGAAAAGGACCCUUUAGGAGAACAACCCGCCUUUCAUUCAUCGGGCGUAAAUACAAACAAACUCUAAGGCCGUCGGGAAUAAGAGAAUAAAUCUUAAGGCCAUAAAUGUCGACGGCCAGAGGUUGGAGCUGCAGACUCUUCGUGUUACUUUGGUCCAUCCUCGUUGGCUCAGAGGCUCUAUUUGCAUCCCAAGGCCACAAGUCUCCUGCUGACGGUGUGUUCUGUUUAAAUCGAUGUGUAAUAUAAUGAGUAGUAUUUUAGAUGUCCUUCGUGAAGUGAGUGUUCUGGGAUGUGAUCCAUUUAGACGUCUCAGUGAGAGGAGCAGAGCUCUGGUUGGAGCAAUGAAUUCAAAUCUGAAACACGUCUUUGUGAUUUUGUUUCCGACCCGACGGAUUCCAGCAGGUGAGCAGACUUAUAAAAUAACCCGUUAGGCUCGUCCAGUUUCACCAAACGGCACAAAGAUCGUCUCUCCGUAGACGUUCUGCUUGAAGGUCUUGCAGUGGCAAACCACCUGCAGUCCCACCUGUGACGGGGUUUUUUAACACCAAAUAUUAAUCAUCGAGGCUUUGGAAGGAGACUUUGAUGUUGUUUUAACCAGAAUCUUUCUAUUUAAAUGUGUAUGCUUUUGUCUCUUCACUGGCAUGGAGCUUUAGGUUUAUACACUGUAAAAAGUUAUGCUAGCUUGCGCAAAAAAAGAAAACAACAAAAAUAAGUAACACAACAGGAGGGUUGUAGACUCCAGUUUAUCUCUGGACUCACGCUGGAGUUUCUCCAAAGGAACGUAGAGGUUUGCAUCCGCUUCGUUUGAUGCACUCAUUCUGUUUCACUGCUGGGCUUCUUUUGCUACGCCGUCUCUCUCUGCAGAAUUGGCCUUGAUUCAGAGCGAAGCUAACGGCUAAAAGCUAACGGCUAACAGCUAACGGCGCAUCGAGGCCCUGAGGCGGAGGUCCGAUCUUUUCCCGCUCGAGGGUUCCCUUCAGCUCUGUUUUGAAGGGUCAAAGGUCAGCCAGGCCGCUGCUGUAAAUACAACAACUGAGAGCCAGAUGAGGAGUAGAAGAACUGCCCGCUGCAUAUUGUGUUUCUUCUUCUGUGGUGGGGGAGGGGGGGCGGGGUUUAAAUGGAGGAACAGUUUGUGUUGUUCUUGACGUUGAUGUUAAAGCCGAUUGGUCGCCUCGUUCACUUCUUCACCUUCUGAGGAAAAAAAAACAAACAGACGGACGAACUGAAGGACAGACCACGCCCCCAACCCCCCCCCCCCUCUAAGCCCCUCCCCCUGCGCUGGUACGAGCCCAGCGACGCCAUCGUCGCUACGGCGACUCGUGUACUGUAAAAAAUGAACAAACAUUAGUGGAGCUUUCCCCCCCCCCCCCGCCCUUUAACGUGAUGAGAGGGUGACAGUGAAGAGGAAGACGAGGAAGACGAGGAGGAAGAAGAACAUUAAUGAUGAACAAAAAAAAACUAAUGAAGUUACAGCCAUACAUUUAUUUCUGGGUCGUUGGAUUAAACAGACAUUACUGCCCAGCAUGUUGUGGUGUCUUAUCUGCCCCCCCCCCCCCCCCCUCCCGUCUCUCCAUCCUGAAUGUGGAGUCUGUGCAUGGAUGACAACGUGUCUGUAAAUACGUAAAGAAUCGGAUCCCAACACUAAAACUAAAACUAGGGUUUGAAUGUUUUCUGUUCAUCUUUUCAUCUGUUUUUGUUUCUUUUAUUUAAGAUGAAGAAGUUUGUGUUUGUUAAAAGGCAAUAUCUGCUGUUACUGAAGGUGAGAAAUAACUAGUUAAAUAUCUUUAAUAAAUCCUCUAUACAGGAGCUGCAUGGGUUAUUUGUACAAGAAAACACACACAAGCUGCUUCCAACAGCUGUAUGAACUAAAGUUAUUAUAUACUUAACACUAUUGUGUAUAUAUCCUGCUGAGGGGAGAUCGUACUAAUCAUAGAUUAUCUACAUAUUUAUUAUCACAACACUCAACAAUGACACUUAUUGCCUUUUAGAUGAACAAUAACCAACAGAUGUGAUGAAACAAGAUUAUCUUUCCCUUUUGUUUCUCGCCGCUGUCUCUUUGUGUGUGUGUGUGUGUGUGUGUGUGUGUGUGUGUUCAUUUAGUUGAUUUCUGUUGAACACAACACCUGGUUGGAGGAAAGUUGUCGUGUUUUGCCACUAACUGUGACUGCUCUCAUGGUACUUAUGAAACCAAUAAAAUCAAGUUUGGGAUACGCAGCUUUA